AUGCACAAGGCGGCGACAUCCACUCAAGGGCGCCGAUUUGUGUCGGCGGCCGAGCACCGCGGCCUUGCCCACGUGGCCUUCGCGACCCAGACGACUGUUGUGCAGGGUUACCAACUUGACUACUUGGAUUUUUCCGCUCUGAGGACGAUCAAAGGAUUGAGAUGGCGAUUGUACUGGCAGAGAAGAAACAUGGACGAAAGGAAAGAAGUAUCAGAAAAUUUAGAAGACAAUAAUCGUAUUAAAAACAACUUGUGGAAUCUGAUCUACUUCCAACGAACAAGGAAAGGAUAA